AUGGAUCGCUUGAUAUCCCUGAUCAAUGCCUUCAAAGAAGAGCAUAGUAUUCGAUAUAACGCAAUCGCAGCCAGCAGUGAAGAGGUCAAUGAAAAGACCAACAAAGAGGAUGAUGGUUCAUCACAAGAGAUGCCCAUCUGGAGACCGUCGCGACUUCAGUGCAUCAUCUCGAUUACCACCGCCUUUGCAAUUUUAGUUUUUAGUAUCAUAGCUUUCGCCGCAUCGCGUUCAAAUUCACCAGUAGUAUUUUCCGCUGACAUGGUACCUCAAGGAAACCCCGUAGUGCGUACCUUCGAAGAUACCUUUGCAUUUGGUGGUCCUCGCAACAACCGAACCGAUGCUGCAUGGGACGGCUUGCUGCCAACCGGCGGUGGGUUUAUACCAGUACCGAACCCUGAGGCAUAUGGACUCCCGUCAGAUAUCAGGCAGGAGAAUCAGCUAUGGGGUAUUUCCGUUUUCCACCAACUUCAUUGUCUGAUACUUUUACGGAGGGUUCAUUACAAUUUCGUUAAAGGCACUCCCAGCGAUCCAACCACGGUCGAGCAUUCAGGACACUGUUUUGACUUUCUGAGACAGGCAAUAAGUUGUUAUGGAGAUACCACCCUUGAGAUGCCACAGCUGCGUGCUGAAGACAAUAUUGACCGGGCCACUUUUAAUAGUCCAAGGAAAUGUCGGGAUUUCGAGUCCAUCAAGGAAUAUACAGAAACAACCUACAGUAACUUUGUACGUUGA